UAGACGUCCAUCGAAUGUCGAGUAACGUAUUUUGAAAAAGGUUUUAGUUAACAGAAAACCAGCAGAAACCACAGUACAAUUCUUUGUAAAGUGUCAACAUGAAAGUUUUGAUCUGUCUUACUGCUUUAAUAGCAUUAGUGUCCAGUGCAGCCAUCCAUUAUGUUAACAUUAACGAGGAGGAGACAUCACUGCCACGUUUAGUGGAUGGCCGUAUUGUAGGUGGAAAAACUGUACCAAUCGGUGCGCAUCCACAUCAGAUUAGUUUACGUUACAAAUCCAUCUUUACACCAGAAAAUGCUUAUAGGCAUAGAUGUGGCGGCAGUAUUUAUGCUGAGAAUGUUGUUAUAACAGCUGCUCAUUGCAUUAUUAGUACAGUUCCCAGUCAAUUUCAAGUUGUUGCAGGCACAAAUUACCGUCAAGGCUCCGAUGGCGCUAUUGUACCAGUGAAAGAGAUAAUAAUGCAUGAGAAUUACAAUCCCGAUACUUAUGACAAUGACAUUGCUGUAUUGAUUUUGGGUUCACCAUUACCAAUCAACAAUUUGACUAUUAAAGCAAUCGAUUUGGCAGUUGAAGAUUCAAUAGAUGGUCAAAACUGUGUUAUUUCUGGUUGGGGUACCACAACGGAGGGUGGUAUAGCUGCAGAUUCAUUGCAAGAAGUAACUGUACCAAUUGUUAGUAAUGAAAUCUGCAAUAAGGACUAUGAGGGCUUGAUAACGGAUUCUAUGUUAUGUGCCGGACGUCGUGGAGUUGGUGGUAAAGAUGCUUGCCAAGGUGAUUCUGGUGGUCCAUUACUCGUUAACGGCAAGUUAGCUGGCGUUGUCUCAUGGGGUUAUGGUUGUGCUAGACCCGAAUAUCCUGGUGUAUAUGCUAAGGUCUCUUAUUUGCAUGCUUGGUUGUUAGAAAAAAUUACGCCUCAUUUAAAUUAAAGUAAAAACUUUAAAAUUAAGAAAAAAAAUU